GCUGUCACUGACAAGAUCCUGAACCUUCCCCUUGAAAUGCCAGAUUUCUUCCGCUUGUCAGAACUGUUCUCGUUGAAAGAUCUAUUCGAUGCCAGAGUUCACCUCGGCCACAAGAAAGGCUGCAGACACAGGUGUGUUGACUAUGAUUUCCAUAUUUAAUCUAACAGUUGCACUAUGAUUUGUUGUCAACUUGUCGUUGUGGUUCAUAUUAGACUUAUGACUCUGAUCUACCAUCUUGGAUCAGACGAGUAGAAUAAAUCAUCUCUAUUGGGCAAAAUGUUUGGCAGCUUUCAGAUAUUAGAGACAACAUGUAAGUAUAAACAUAAAAACGUUCUCACACAAACAAUAAUCUCUGGUUUCUCUCUCUCCUUCCCUCCCUCUUUCUCCCUCCCUCUCUCGUAGGCUGAUGGAGCCCUACCUGUUCGGCAGUCGACUGGACCAAGACAUCAUCGACCUGGACCAGACAGUGGAGCACCUCCAGAGCGCCCUAAACUUCACCGCCCACAUCGCCUACCGCGGCGGCGUUAUCCUCUUCGUCUCCCGCCGCCGCCAGUUCGGUCACCUGGUGGAGAGCACAGCGCGAGACUGCGGAGAAUACGCCCACACACGCUACUGGCAGGGCGGCCUGCUCACCAACGCACCCAUCCAGUACGGCCCGGGGGUUCGGCUGCCUGACCUCAUCGUCUUCCUCUCAACGCUCAACAAUGUCUUCCAGCAGCAUGUUGGGGUCCGCGAUGCGGCGAAGAUGAAUAUACCCACAGUGGGGGUGGUGGACUCUAACUGCAACCCCAGCCUGGUGACUUACCCGGUGCCUGGGAAUGACGACACGCCAGCCGCUAUGGAGCUGUACUGCCGCCUGUUCAAGAUGACCAUCAACCGAGCCAAGGACAAAAGGAGACAGAUGGAGCUGCUGCAGGGUCUAUCGGCAGCUGGCCUCACACCAGGCUCCUAGUGAGAGGCAACACGGGGGAAUGAAGGGCCCCUGUUUGAGUUCUUUGAAAAUGUAUUCUUCUUUACUCCCUUCCUUUAAGUAAUACCUGAUCUAAAGUGAUAGGAUAUGUGAAAUCUCUACCUUUUGGCUAAGAUUGUAGUAUCUGGAAGCAAGUGUUCCACUUCAUAGUUUGCCCCAACAUAUUGAUAUCAGAUUAGGGAUUUAUGCCAAAGAAGAGAAGAUAGAGGACGAAAAUCAGUAUUCGAACAUGGCCAAGGACAUUACUGCUAAAAGACUAUGAAUACUCUAUGAAGCACCAUGUUUUAGCAACAGAUUUGAUGAAUUUGUACAGAAGCCUUGAUAUUUUUCUAGAUGUACAAAAUGUGUAAUUACAAUGUUUGUUCCAUUAUCAACUGAUCCAGAUUUGAUCAGCAUGUUUCCAGAUUAUUGCUAAAUCUCAGUUUGUUUGUCAUCAUCUGAUCAAAUUCAAUGAAAAAAAUAGAAUUUCUGAAUCAAAUGACAUGAAUGCACUGCACUCAUUCUAUUUAUCAAGUAAACGUUAUUUUCACUAAAUA